UCAGCUGGGACGCAGAAUGGCUGAGCUCCCGGUGGACCCCAUGCUGAGCAAGAUGAUCCUAGCCUCCGAGCAAUACAAGUGUUCGGAGGAAGUGUUGACGAUAGCAGCCAUGCUGUCGGUGAACAACUCUAUUUUCUACCGACCCAAAGACAAGGUGGUGCAUGCCGACAACGCCAGGCAGAACUUUGUGGUGCCAGGAGGAGACCACCUGGUGCUGCUCAACGUCUACACACAGGUAGAAACACCGCAGCGGUUACAGUUGAAGACAUGUUCAAAAUACAAUUUAAAAAGUGUAAUGCAAUCCAAACCUGUCUUUGUGAAGCUUAUCAUUUAGUUAGUGUUCAUUUGUGUUGAUGUUUAUGAUUGGUGUCUAAUGGAAACAACUAGGAAUGUUCA